AUGACUAAUUCUGUUGAGAGGCAAAAGAUAUAUCUCCAUAGAAGAAUCGGUGGAAUUCAAAUGGUUGUUUACGAGGGAAGAGGUCAUGAAGACCUUUACAAAAUGGAGAACAGGUUGCAGAAGGAACUUUCUAAAGUGAUGCAUCAAGAAGAACUUUUGUGGUUUCAAAGGUCUAGGGAAAAGUGGCUUAUAGAGGGUGACAGGAACACUCGUUACUACCACAUCAAAGUUAUGCAAAGAAAAAGAAGGAACAAAAUUCAAAUGAUAAAAGACGAGGAAGGAAAUUGGAUAGCGGACUUAAUCCAGGUGAUUAUGAUUUUCAAGAACUUAUACCAAAAGUUGUUUACUGAAAAUACUGAAGCAGGAUUUUGGAAAAUGUCGAAAGUUACUUAUCCCAAGCUAGAUUCCAGCUUUGGCAAGAAUUUAAGUGUUGAUGUGAAUAGGGAAAAGAUUAAACACACCAUAUUCAAUAUGUCCCCUUGGAAGACACCUGGUCCUGAUGGAUUUUUGGAAAUCUUCUUUCAUAAAUCAUGGGCUUACAUUGGAGAUAGUAUAUGA